GAUUUAAAAACUACAGUCACUGUGACUUACAUUCAGAGGAAAAAGUGCAGCCGCAGCAGUUUGACUUCUGCCUCUGGUGAAGAAGAAGAAGUGAGUGAAGGUCCAGGCGACUGAAGACUCCUAUGGACACAUGUGCGCACGUCAGCUUUCCUGAAAGCAUCAUGAUUAAGAUCCAGCCGAAGUGGCGUUACAUUUUCUUGUUCCUGCUCAUCCAGCUGCUGGUCACGGCUCUACUGUCCUGCAAGGAACACAAGGAGUGGCUGAAGAACGCCUUCAACAUCUUCUGCCAAGGAGAUGGAGAAGACGUGUACGCCAACCUGCCCCACGUCCCCCGGGAUCACACAGGUGGACCGGUUCUGUCCUACUGCCCCAUGAUGUCCCCUCUCAUAGUUGGACCGAUCCGUGUCAGGUUCUUAUCGCCGCCAAGUCUGGAUUAUGUGCAGAGGAAGAAUCCCCUGGUGGUGAAAGGAGGACAUUACAAGCCUCCAGACUGUGAGGCCCGGCAUCGAACCGCCGUCAUCAUUCCCUUCAGAGGCCGAGAACAUCACCUCAAGUUCCUGCUCUACUACCUCCACCCUUUCCUGCAGCGACAGCAGCUCAACUAUGGGAUUUAUGUCAUUCAUCAGGCCGGAAACUACACGUUUAACCGAGCCAAGCUGAUGAACGUGGGCUUCAGUGAAGCCAUGAAGGACAAAGACUGGGACUGUCUCUUCUUCCACGACGUGGACCUGGUUCCUCUGGACGAUCGAAACCUGUAUGCAUGCGACUCCAACCCCAAACACGCAGCCAUCGCCAUGGACAAGUUUGGCUACAAUCUUCCCUAUGACACGUACUUUGGAGGCGUGUCAGCCAUGACUCCACUGCACUACUUCAAAAUUAACGGUUUCCCCAACAACUACUGGGGCUGGGGGGGUGAGGACGACGAUAUCGGGCUCAGGGUGAGUCUGGCAGGGAUGAGCCUCAGCCGUCCAUCAUUGCGGAUCGGCCGCUACAAGAUGAUCAAACACAGGAAGGACAAAGGAAACGAAGAUAAUCCAGAGAGAUUAAAGCUGUUGUCUAAGACGAAUGAGACGUGGAAGUAUGACGGGAUGAACACGGCUCAGUACCAUAUCAUCUCAAGAACAUAUCUGCCGCUCUACACCAACAUCACCGUCAACAUCGGCACCGCAGGAGGUCUGUACUGA